GGGCUCCAGACCAAGACAGAAUCGGGCACCAGGAGAAGGCAAAGAGGACCCAACUGGGUGUAUUGUGACAAAGGCCAGACCCCCAGGAUCUGCGUAGAGUGAGACAGCCAGGUGGGCCCCCACAACACCCCACAAUAUGGAUUAUAAGUCAGGCCUGAUCCAGGAUGGCAACCCCAUGGAGAACUUGGAGAAGCAGCUGAUCUGCCCCAUCUGCCUGGAGAUGUUUACCAAGCCGGUGGUCAUCUUGCCGUGCCAGCACAACCUCUGCCGGAAGUGUGCCAACGACAUCUUCCAGGCUGCAAAUCCAUACUGGACCAACCGGGGCGGCUCGAUGUCCACGUCUGGAGGCCGGUUCCGCUGCCCCUCCUGCCGCCACGAGGUGAUCAUGGAUCGUCACGGCGUGUACGGUCUACAGAGGAAUCUGCUGGUGGAGAACAUCAUUGACAUCUAUAAGCAGGAGUGUUCCAGUCGGCCCCUGCAGAAGGGCAGCCACCCCAUGUGCAAGGAACACGAAGAUGAGAAAAUCAACAUCUACUGUCUCACGUGUGAGGUGCCCACAUGCUCCAUGUGCAAGGUGUUUGGGGCCCACAAGGCCUGUGAGGUGGCCCCGCUGCAGAACGUCUUCCAGGGACAAAAGACUGAACUGAGUAACUGUAUCUCCAUGCUGGUGGCGGGGAAUGACCGUGUGCAGACCAUCAUCACUCAGCUGGAGGAUUCCUGUCGAGUGACCAAGGAGAACAGUCACCAGGUGAAGGAAACGCUGAGCCAGAAGUUUGACGUCCUGUACGCUAUCCUGGACGAGAAGAAGAGUGAGCUGCUGCAGCGGAUCACUCAAGAGCAGGAGGAGAAGCUCAGCUUCAUCGAGGCCCUCAUCCAGCAGUACCAGGAGCAGCUUGAAAAGUCCACGAAGCUUGUGGAGACGGCCAUCCAGUCCCUGGAUGAGCCUGGUGGGGCCACCUUCCUCUUGCUGUUCAGAGGCUGCAGUGGGAAGACAGAGCCAGGCUUUGAAAACAUGGACUACUUCACUUUGGACUUGGAAUACAUAGCGGAUACCCUGAGGGCCAUUGACUUUGGGACAGAUGAGGAAGAGGAAGAGUUAAUUGAAGAAGAUCAGGAAGAGGAAGAGUCCACAGAGGGGAAGGAAGAAGGUCACCAGGACUCCUUAGCUGGAUGAAUGAGAGACCCUCCAGAUGCAGAGAGACUGGGGAGGGUGGGGGUGGGCCCGGCUGCCUUGGUGACAGGCCCAGGGUGGGAGGGGUCGGGGCCCUUGGAGGGGCAAUGGGAAGGUGUGUCUUCUCUCUGCUCAGAGAGCAGGGACUAGAGUAGGACCCCACUGCUGUGUCCAGCAGCCACUGAACCAGAGUUGGAAACAUGCUUGAAACAAUCACACAGGACACUUUUCUACGUUGGUGCAAAAUGGAAUAUUUUGUACAUUUUUAAAAUGUGAUUUUUGUAUAUACUUGUAUAUGUAUGCCAACUUGGUGCUUUUUGUAAAGGAAUUUUUGUAUGAUAAUGCCAGACCAUUGUGUCACUGGCGACUGUCAGAAAGAGGGGAAGGAAGCCAGGCUGAUACAGCUGCCCACUUCCUUUCCUGGGUGGGAGGACUGGGUAGCACCCACAGGCCUAGAAAGGGAUGAUGUACUGUAUUUCAGUGCCUGUCCCCGACACAUGGGCUGGUAACUGGGUUUGUUAUAUGUUGUUUUAAUAAAUGCACAAUGCUCUCUUCUUGUUAUUCAAAGGA